GUGACUUGUGGAAUAAAAUCUAAAAGUGCAGAAAAUGACAGCAGUGCAAGGAAUUGUGCUUAUGUGUUUAUGAUAACAUCAGCCAGUGAUGCUGAUGUUAUGAAGUGUGACAGCAGAUGGGAUGAAGGACCUGUGAUAGUGCUCCUUCUUCAGGGUGGAUGUCUCAGUCUGCUGAUGAAGGAGCUGCUUAAAGACUCUACAGUGUCAUGCAGUGGGUGAGAGGAAUUGUCUAUGAUGGAUGUGAGCUUUGCCAACAUCCUCCUCUCACCCACCUCCUCUAUGGAGUCCAGAGAACAGUCCAGGACAGAACCGGUCCUCCUCACCAGUCUGUUCAGUCUCUUUCUGUCCUUUUCAGUCCUCCCUGCUCCCCAGCAGACCACUGCAUAAAAAACAGCAGACGCUACCACAGAGUCAUAGAAUGUCCGGAGCAGAGUCCUGCACACUCCAAAGGACCUCAGUCUCCUCAGCAGGUCGAGACGACUCUGGCCCUUCUUGUACAGGACCUCUGUAUUGUGUGUCCAGUCCAGUUUGUUGUUGAGGUGAACACCCAGGUAUUUGUAUGAGUCCACCAUCUCAAUGUCCAAACCCUGGAUGUUCACCGAUGCAGUCUGAGGUGUCCUCCUCCUGCAGAAGUCGAUGAUUAUCUCCUUUGUCUUACUGGCGUUGACUGCAGAUGGUUUCGCUCACACCAGUCAACAAAGUCAGAGAUGACCUUCCAGUACUCCUUUUCAUCCCCCUCAGAUACCCGACAAUGGCUGUAUCAGCGGAGAACUUCUGAAGCCACAAUGAGCGAAAGGUGACCUGUAAGCACCCGGUGUCAGGCAUCCCUUCCCAAGACAACUGCAUCUUUGUCGUAAAUGAACAUGUGAAUUGUGGAAAGCUUGUCCACCCUGACAAACCGAUAGAGGCUCUCACCAGACCAGCUCCCAAGGCUUCACCAGAGCAGGGAAGCAGCAGUGACAAGAAGGAACGUCCCAUGAGCACCAUGAGUGAAGCUUCAAACUACACCGGGGGCUCUGAUUACAGCACCUUCCCUGGCAGCCCAGCCACCACCAUCACUACUGCCACCACCACCUCCACUUCAUCUACACGGCCUUCUAGGUCUUCCAAAAAAGUCCACAACUUUGGCAAGAGGUCCAAUUCCAUCAAGAGGAACCCCAAUGCACCGGUGGUCAAGAGCAACUGGCUUUACAAGCAGGACAGCACAGGCAUGAAGCUGUGGAAGAAGAGAUGGUUUGUGUUGUCGGACAUGUGCCUCUUCUAUUACCGCGAUGAAAAAGAAGAUAACAUCCUGGGAAGUAUUCUGCUGCCCAGCUUUCACAUCUCCAUGCUGUCGGUGGAUGACCACAUCAGCAGGAAAUACGCCUUCAAGGCCACCCACCCCAACAUGCGGACAUAUUAUUUCUGUACUGACACAGCCAAAGAGAUGGAGUCCUGGAUGAAAGUCAUGACGGACGCUGCUCUUGUGCACACUGAACCCGCCAGAAGAUUGGACAAAUUGAAAGUGGACCAACGGACACCUCAGGAGUUGAACAACUUACUGAACCACAGAGUUCUUACGCAGCCUGAGAUCCAGAAUAACGAACGCAACCGAGAACCUGUGCGGCAACACUCUCUGUCACGGGCCGACAACAAACGGCAAAAAGAAGAGAAACAGAACAGCCAGAGGGAGCGGGAAUACUACACUUUACAGAGGGAUGGAGAGAGGUACUCGCUGAAGAAAGAUGGAGUGAGCUACAUGCUUCAGAAGGAUGGAGAGAAGUACCUCCUCCAUAAGGAUGGAGAGAAGUACCUGCUACGAAAGGAUGGGGAGAAAUACUCACUGCAGAAAGAUGGAGAUGUGUACGCUAUUCACAGAGAUCUGGAGAAAUAUGCUGUUCAGAAAGUGGAUGAUAAGCACACAGUGCCACUGACAGAAGAGAAAUAUGCUCCAUCUAAAGAUGGAGAGAAGUACCUGCUCACGAAGGAUGGAGAAAAGUAUGCACUGCAGAAGGUGGGUGACCGGCACACACUCCAGAAAGAAGAGCAGAAAUAUGUUCCACAAAAGGAAGUGAAGAGACAGUUGUCAUUAAAGGAGACAGAGAGGUACGGCACCAUGAGGGCGACAGACAAUAAAUAUGGCACCAUACAUGUCGUGGACAAAUAUGGCACUCUGAAGGAAGUGAAGAAAUACUGUACACUACGAGAGGGCAAUAAAUAUGCUACUUUGAGAGAUGCAGAGAAGUAUGCUACUGUCCGUGAUGGGGAUAAAUAUGGCUUCCAGAGGGACCCGAGCACAGAGAGGUCUCUGACGAAAAUCAGCAGCAUCAAGCUGCAGCCAGCUCAGGCUGCUGCCAUCGCAGCUGCAGUGUCUGCAUCUCGCCAGAGCCAGGCCAACUUCACUGCCCAGAAACCCGUACAGGUCAAUGGCUCAGGGUCCGAGCCAGUAGAGCAAUGUGGGGAUUGCAGCCCAGCAGAGGCGGACAGCAGCAUGGCCAGGGUUCCUGUGAAAUCUCCAGAUCCAGUCCAGGAGCCAGGAACAGGACUGUCCAGGACCAACUCCAUGCAGCAGCUGGAGCACUGGGUGCGCACACACAGGACGAGAGGACUGGACGAGGACACGAGGAGUGUUACAUCCUACCAGACGUUACCGAGGAAUUUGCCCAGCCACCGCGCCCAGAUCGUACCCCGCUACCCUGAGGGUUAUCGCACCCUGCCUCGCAACAGCAUGAUGAGGCCCGAAAGCAUCUGCAGCGUGGCGGGCUCCGUGUAUGACCGGGCCCUGUGUCCAGCCUCCAACGCCACCGUCAGCACAGCAGAGAAGCGGCGGUCGAUGAGGGACGACACCAUGUGGCAGCUGUACGAGUGGCAGCAGAGACAGGCUUUCUCCAGGCAAAGUCUGGCUCAGCCAACAGCUGUGGGUCAUUAUGGCACUCUGCCCAACACAAAGACCAUGGGCAACAUCUCUGAACAUACUGUGGCACACUCCAUCCCCACCUCACCGUCUCACAACUCCCUGGCUCUCUACAGCACCUUCUCCCCUCCCCGCCAGCAGCCCACUCACAACCCCAGCAGCUCCCACUCUGAGGUGUCCUCACCCGUCUUCAGAGGGGACACGACGCUGGACCGCCGACACAGGACACACAUCGCCAAGGUAAACAGCAUGUACGGCUACCCACCUGAUCGACGAUCCAUCGCAGCCGGUGUCCCUCCUCAGACCAUCACCCCACAGUCACUGCAAGGCAAGACGCCCGAGGAGCUGACACUGCUGCUGAUCAAGCUCCGCCGGCAGCAGGCGGAGCUCAACAGCCUGCGGGAACACACAGUAGCUCAGCUAAUGGCCCUGGGUUUGGAGGGCCCCAACGCCAAGACUGAUGUUCUCUCUCAUCACCUCCAGAGGAACCUUAUUUACCUGGACAGCCAGACGAAGGAGAAUGAACCUCUAAUCUUCAUGAUUCACACUAUGAUCGAGAACUCAGCACCAAGGCCUCAACUCUACCAGCAAAUCAGCACAGACGACUAUAAAGACGGCUCCCUCAUCCAGCGCACAGAGGAGGCUGACAUAGACACCAAGCUAAGCAGACUGUGUGAGCAGGACAAGGCGGUGAGGAUGCAGGAAGAGAAGCUGCAGCAGCUACACAGAGAGAAGCACACGCUGGAAACAGCCCUGCUGUCUGCCAGUCAGGAGCUGAAUGAACAGAGUGGUUCGAGCGCUGCAGCCACACAGAGUCUGGUCCAGCAGAGAGAUGUGCUGCAGAACGGCCUGCUCAGCACCUGCAGAGAGCUGUCCAGAGUCAACACCGAGCUAGAACGCUCCUGGAGGGAAUACGACCGACUUGAGGCAGAUGUCACUUUGGCCAAGUCCAACCUGCUGGAGCAGCUGGAGGCCCUGGGCAGCCCACAGACAGAGCCUCCAAGUCAGCGGCACAUCCAGAUCCAGAAGGAGCUGUGGAGGAUCCAGGACGUGAUGGAGGCUCUGUCCAAAAAUAAACCACAGCGGAGCACAGACAGCACAGAUUUUCCUGGUUCCAAACCACUCUCCAGUCAACAGAAAAAUGAGGCAGUGACGAUGCUGCCUCUCAGUCCUCCAAAAGAGGUCAACAGUGUGCCCCCCCGCCCGCCCCUCCCCCAGUACUACGACUCCUCAGAGCGCCCCCCUCACGUGCCCCCCCACCACUCACACCCUGGCGGCCGACUGCCCCCCCACACUCACCGCCCUGAAGAACGUAAGGCAGGCUCCAGGAACGGAGCGCACAGUCAAGCUCCAGACUACCGGCUGUAUAAGAGCGAGCCCGAGCUGACGACAGUUAAGGAGGAAGUGGACGAGGCCAACGGUGAGGACAAAGACAAGACCGAGACGUCUGCUGAGAGUAAAGACAUCUCCAAAGCGCCCCCCUACCCCGUGGGCAUCAUCCCUCCGAGGACCAAAUCUCCCCUGAGCCCUCCUGAGUCCUCCACCAUCGCCUCCUAUGUCACCCUGAGGAAGACUAAGAAACCUGAGUCCAGAUCUGAUCGUCCCAGGAGUGCAGUGGAUCAGACAGGAUUUGGGGAGAGAGAGGUGGGUAGGACAAGAAUGAGUGUGGAGGAGCAGCUAGAGAGGAUAAGAAGAAACCAGCAGGCCUCCUCACUCCGUGAAAAGAAGAGAGAGACUCCAUCUCGCUCACCCUCCUUCAGCAGAGACAACCCGUUCAUUGUCCUGCAGAAUCGCAGCCAGACAGAGGGGGCCUGUGCAGACCCUGUACAGCUGGAGGCGGCUCUGCAGCAGCUAAAGGCAGCUCACAUGGAGCAGAGCAAGACGGAUGCCGAGGCUGUGUCAACGCAGGAGGUGCAGAGAGCGGAGGAGGUGAAAGAUGCCAGGUGUGAGGAAAAACAGCAGGACAGGGACAUGACCCUGCAGAGUGUGAAGAAGCCACAGGCCAGCAGCACAGACAGUGAGCUGUGUGAAAGCCAGAGGGCAGUUAUUCUGGAUCUGGGCACAGAGCCUCAGCGAGUGGAGAUUGUGACCUUUCAGCCCUUUGAGGAUGACGAAAGCAGAGAGCAAGAUCUGACCAGCUCCCCUACAAACACCACCACUGAAAACAGCUUCCAGACUCCAGAGCCUGAGACGCCAAGCCCAGAGCCUAAGGAGGAGGAGACGGACGUGACGCAACAAAACACCAGAGAGGAGAAUCAGGGAAGGAGCCUGGAUUCAUACGACCAGCUGACAACAGACAACAAGAAACACAACAACAACAACAACAUGAUGGCAUCACAGACGUUCACCUUGGUGAGCAGCGACACGUGAGUGAUGCCAGCCUCGACAUCCACACCGGCGUCCCGUAGAGCCCAGAUGUAGCCAGUCUGCACAGAGCAUGCUCCAUGGCUUCCUGCGUUUACAACAGAACUACUUUGACACUACUGUUACAUGCCCACAUGGAGAAUGAGAAAGUGUGACGGUGCUGCUAACAGACUGGUCCACACUCAGACAAGCAGCCAUCACAUCCAGACAGAGAGAGGCAGAAGUACUGUAUCUUUAGCACCUGUUAGAUCUGUCAAUACUGAUAUGUCCUCAAGCAAAACAUAAAUCUAUGGAGUCCCAUCUGUCCCAAAGCAUUUCUGCAUUAAAAAAAAAAGAUUGUGAAAUGGUUUACUCACAAGAAAAGUUACAGAUUAUGUGUUUGCACCUAAACCGAAUGGAGCAAGUAUAAAACUAUGACAAAGCUUUUUUCUGGGUCCCAACAAUAACUGUUUUAAGGUCCAGUAUAGAAAUGAUGCAGUAAGCAAUGAACCAAGUAAUUAAGUCAAUGUCAGCUGGUAUUUUAAACUGUGACCUAAUGUUUUCAUCUAGUCAAGCAAACAGCUAGUAGUUUAAUAAGACUUGUACAGUUGUUUGUUUCCUAUUGAUUAACACAAAUGUUCAGAAAAAUUGAACUUUUUCAAAUCCACAAAUAUUUCUUAGACCUGUUUUUGGCUGUAUAUUCCAUUCAGAUGUGCAUCACCACACUGAUAAGUAUGACCACAGUCAGACCAGAGGUAGAUGUUGGUUGUAGCCUCCCCUUUGUGUCUUGUACACAGUCUGCUUCUUUUCCCACUGAUUUUACAGAUGAGAUUUAACUUUAUAAGAACUUGUUUGUGGUGCUUCUUUUGCCAGCUUCAUUCAAGUUCAGAAGACGCCUUUGUAGACAGCACUUUAACAGACUAUAUCUUUUCAUUGGAGAUUCAGGCAGGUAAAGGCAGAUUCAUAUCACAGUUGUAUUCAAUACUGCAUAUUACUGUUACACACAACCGGGUUGAAAGUAGUUUUAAAUUCUUGCCGGUACUAUUACCAAAACCCUCGUCUCACUCCAACUUCAUGCAUUUUAAAAUAGCGAAGUCAAAACACAAACAAAUAAAAACAUAAUAAUAUUUUACUGUAGGCCAAUGGAAUAGGUAGGAAUUAAUAACACUUGAAAAUACAGUAAACUUUUUGCUUUAAUUGAAACACUGAUAAACAUCCAGAAUACAAAGCUCUAAGAACAGACAUGAGGUCACGAGCAAACACUCAGAAUGGAACUAAACAUCAAAACACAUCACCUACAAGAUUUUCCACAGAGGCCUAAAGUAGUUAUAGUAGUAGUUAGUAGUAGUUAGUUUCUGAUUUUCUGUGGUAACCCAUCUUCAGUGUCCCUGUCUUUUCUUUUAAUCAAAGAGGUUAUUUUCUUCUGCAUUAUUACUUUGACAAACAUUUUUUGACUGUUUUGAAGUGUUUCCCUCCAUUUUUAUUUAAAAUAUGCAUCUGUCGAUGAUAACCUUUGUAAAUCCUGUUGGUAGUUUUUCAGCCAAUCACAAGAACGUGUGGAAUUUCAGGUGUUAUUUACUGCUCGCCCCGUUCCGGCACAAGCGGCGCUUAUUGACGUCUAUUGACGAGUUGUGGGAAAUGUCCCAGUGCAAUAAAUCAAGCGCACCUACUUGGUAUUGGCUGCUAUUGGCCAUAGCUGUCGCUGUGUUACGGAAAGUAGACACGCAUGCGCACUCACGUACUGCUGAGUGAAUGGUCGAUAGCAGGCCGCUCGGCGGCGUACCGCCACCAGAUCUUUUGGCAGUACUCAGUACCGGACCGUACCGGCACACAAAUGGUUUAGUAGAAGGAAUUGACAGACAGUCUCCCCAUUAAUAUCUUAAGAUGUCUCUCUUGUAAGGCUUUAGUCCAUAUUCUGAAGAGGAGAGGAAGUCAGGUCCAUCAUCAGUGGGUGUUUAAGCUCCAUCGUGGUAAUCCCUUGUAUUUUCAGUUUUUUUUUUUAGUGGACAGAAUCUCUAGGAGCAGCCAUGGGAUAGAAGUGUGCAUUAUGGUCUCCUCAGAAUCUCUAGGAGCAGCCAUGGGAUGGAAGUGUGCAUUAUGGUCUCCUCAGAAUCUCUAGGAGCAGCCAUGGGAUGGAAGUGUGCAUUAUGGUCUCCUCAGAAUUCGUGGUUCUAUUGACUUCAUAAAAAAAAAAAAAACCUAUGAGGGUGUGGCUAGUAAAUGGAGUGAGCUGGGUUGCUGGUUCCGGGGUUGGGGGUGACUUGUACCAAGUGAAGGAUUUCAAGCAUGUGAAGGUCAUGUUCCUGAACUGGGGAAACAUGGAAAGCAAGGCUGAUAGGUGGAUUGUACAGGAGGGUCAGGUGAAGCAGGAACUGAAGUUGAAGAUAAAGCUUUCGGUUUAUCAGCUGACUUUCCAACCACAACUUAUAGUCAUGAGAGUUGGUAGAGGCCUAAAAGACAGACAUCAUGAAUGCCAGUAGAUGAAAUGAGUUUUCUUGGCAGGUGCAUAGACUCAUCCUUAGUGACUGGAUGAAACUGGACACCUUUGUAGAAUCUGAAGGCCAUAUUCAUCAGUAAGAGGAAAGUGUUCUCAUUUUCCUCUUACUGAUGGAUGGAUUGUUUUGGCCUGGUAAGGCGAAGCAGUAGCUGAAGUUGAAGGCGAUGAUUCAGCUUUACAGAUCAGUGACGUUAGAACCAUCACCGAUGGUCGUACGCUUUGAGUAGUGACUGAAAAAAUUAGAUCAUGGAUGAAAGUGGACACGGUGACUGGAUGAGGAGCUCAGACCUCCCAUUGAAGGCAAUAGGUUCAGGUGGUUUGGGAGUUGAUGAGGCUCUGGCCUGGACAGCUUUUUCUAGGGGUUUUCCAAGUAUUUCUACUUAGAGUGCAGAGCUGUCAGUGCUUCCAAUACACCCAGUGGAGUUACUGAAGAGAAGUUGCUACGUGUGUGUCUACUUCUGAAAAAUGUAGGUAAAGAAAAUUGUGACUUCCUGUCAUAAUUUGGCCAUUGUUACAGCACAGCUAACCAGCUAAAGCCAGCUAGUUCAGAUGCUGGCUGAAGCAUGAACUUAGAUUACUAUAUUUUUACACAAAAGUAUGAUGAAGAUUCAGUCCAACCAGCCCACUGUCUAAUGCCAUCACAGACACUGAGUGUCAGUUUUCUUAUUUUUUUCUCCAAAAGGUCAUGAAAGACUGCUUAUAGCCAUUUAUGAAUACACAAAAAUUACAGUUGUAAAUUGAACAAAACCAUUUCACAGUCUUUAUUGCAUGUGCGCCUUGUUUUGGGGUUACAAAGCACCAUAGAAUUGUGUUGCUAAAUAUAUACACACACAUCAAUAUACAGAGCUUUUGAUACCUUACUAAGUAGUAAAGUCAUCUUAACAUAAGAGUUAAUAAAAUUAGAUAAAUCUACAGAUCUGGAGGAGGGGAUGUUAGCUGUGUAUGAGCUGCUGAAGGCGAGCGUAAAGCUGUAUAUAGGAGCACUUUAGAAGUCUCACCACAGAUGGGCUAAGCACCAAAAACUCAACACACAUGCAGUGCUUUACUUUACCCCGAAGUGUCCGCUGAUGCUCUUUGAUUUGAUGAUUUUAACCUGCUUUGAUUUUGCUUCUUAAUGUUGAUUGAAGACUGGAGGAUCUCUUAUUGCUCUGUUUUCACACACACACACACACACACACACACACACACACACACACACACACACACACACACACACGGGUAUAUGUAUAUAUAUAUAUAUACAUAUACAUAUAUACACACUCUGCUCUGCUGUUUCCCUUUUUUGGCCAAGACAAAGUGUACGCCAAGGAGAUGGUUGGAGUCAUCUUCAAUUUGUCACCACACACAUAGUAUGUGAAUGCUUUGGGUUUGCAGUCUGCUUUUCAGUUUAUGUGUCUUUUGUCUGUUUUUGGUUACAUCAUAUAGAAGAUAUACAGUAAAGAGCCAGAGAACAUGACACGGAUGGUGAUGAAUCGGCGAAUAGCACAUGUACGAAGCAAUAAGUAGGACUGUGGAGCUCCAGGACACAAAGGAAGUUUAAAUUAUGUAUAAACUGUAAAAAAAAAAAAAAACUAAAUAAGAUAGCAUAAUUUAUGUACACACUGAAAAGAAGAAGAGUGAAUAUUAUAACUAUAAGAGGUUAUUAUUAAUAUUAUUAGGGUCAAUAUGCAAAAUGUUCAUAGCCCAUCUGUUUUAUAUCAUGUGAAAUAAAUGUUGAUGUUCUUAAAA